CCUCCCCCUGGAGACACGAUCUUUGAGCGGGACAGGUGCCUCGCGCACACCGGAAAUCAUCUUCAUCAUCGGAGCUCGUCCGCAGCCGCUGUUCGUUUUUAUUUGUGUUUUGUGUGCUUCCUGUUUCCCGCUUCCGAGAAGAAGAAGAUGAAGAUGAAGGAGGAAGUCAUGAAAAUCCUCCACGAGGCUCCCAAAGCAAGAAAACUACUACUGGAAAACUACAACAACCUCCUAGACGUGGCCGACUACUGCUACAACAACUACACACAGCAACAGUCGAGCGACGGCGGCCUGAAGGCGUUGGAGGAGACCAAGAACCUGGCGGCGCAGUCGCUGGCCAGCAUCGCCUACCAGGUUAGCACGUUGGCUACGAGCGUGCUAAGUCUGCUGGACGCGCAGACCAAUCAGCUUCGCCACAUGGAGUCUUCCAUCAAUCUGAUUGGCCAGACGGUGGAGAUGCACCGUGAGAAAGUUUCUCGCAAAGAAAUUGGCAUCUUCACGGCGGUCAGACGGGUCCCACGCGGCCCAAAGGUCCUCCCGCCGUCCCAGCCGGCCCUCAGCUCGCAGCCCCGCCCUCCGUACAGCCGCCGUCCAAUCAGCUACCAGCAGCUGGACAACGUGGGUCACGGCAUGAAGCUCACUGGGAAACAAUGGGAGCGAGCUGGAAGCGUCCGGAAGAAGGGAGCCUCCAUCAGGACCAGCAAGCCUGCAGGAGCUAGCCAGUGUCUGCUGGCGCCCCCUGGUGGCAGCUCCACCUUUGGGAAACCUGUGGCUCCGCCCACAGUCCCCGCCAUGUGGCAAGCGCUACCUGAAGGUGACGUCAUCACCACACCAGCUGAUGAUGCUCCGCCCCCUCCACCAGACUCUGAUAACCUGAUGGCUCCGCCCCCUCCACCAGACUCUGAUAACCUGAUGGCUCCGCCCCCUCCACCAGACUCUGAUAACCUGAUGGCUCCGCCCCCUCCACCCGACUCUGAUAUCCUGAUGGCUCCGCCCCCUCCACCCGACUCUGAUAUCCUGAUGGCUCCGCCCCCUCCACCCGACUCUGAGAUCCUGUUGGCUCCGCCCCCUCCACCCGACUCUGAGAUCGUGUUGGCUCCACCCCCUCCACCCGACUCUAUCCCGAUGGCUCCGCCCCCUCAAUCCAUCUCCUCUGAAGUCCUGAUGGCUCCGCCCCCUCCACCCAACUCCUCUGAGAUCCUGGUGGCUCCGCCCCCUCCACCUGACUCCUCUGAGAUCCAGGCUCCGCCCCCUCCACCUGACUCCUCUGAGAUCCUGGCUCCGCCCCCUCCACCUGACUCCUCUGCGAUGCCGGUGGCUCCACCCCCUCCACCCUCUGAAAUGGUCCUACCUCUGACUCCGCCCUUAUGUCUGGAGACAGUGGUGGAGGAGAGCAGCCCCCCCCUGCCAUCGCCCCCUCCCACCGAUGACCACGCCUUUCCUCCACUGUCCGAUGAUGACGGCGAGUUUCCGGCCCCGCCCCCAUCGAGCCAGGAAGUGGACGCACCUCUCCCCUCCGGGAGGAGUCGCCGGCGCCGCUCACCCCCCCCCACUCGCUCCCUCUCUUUGAGGGUCCGCCGCCGCCACACUCGCUCUCUCUUCCUGCCCGCCGUCCAAUCACUCAUGAUCCCCCCUCCCCCACCCUACCCGCCCCCGCACGCCCCCCCCCAGCCUCUUGCUGCCUCCUUGCUGCGGGCCGGCCUCCCCGCUCGCCUGGAGCACCUGGAUCUGGAGCUGCCGGUCCUCCCGCCCUCUCCCCUGUUGGACCAGGAUGCUGUGGAGACGCAGGACAGUGGCGCCCCCCCACAUUACCUGGAGAAAGUGGUGGCGCUGUACUGCUAUGACGCCUUGAAGCCACACCACCUGUCAAUCACCCAGGGGGAUGUCAUCUACCUGACACGUCGCCAUGACAACGGAUGGUACCAGGGCGUCCUGAAGGGCAAGCGAGGCUUCUUCCCCAAGAACUACGUCCAAUCCUGUGACUAGCUUGAAGCUCCGCCCCUAGAACUACUCCAAUCCUGUGACUAGCCUGAAGCUCCGCCCCUAGAACUACUCCAAUCCUGUGACUAGCUUGAAGCUCCGCCCCUAGAACUACUCCAAUCCUGACUAGCUUGAAGCUCCGCCCCUAGAAUUACUCCUAUCCUGUGACUAGCCUGAAGCUCCGCCCCUAGAACUACUCCAAUCCUGUGACUAGCCUGAAGCUCCGCCCCUAGAACUAUGUCCAAUCCUGUGACUAGCUUGAAGCUCCGCCCCUAGAACUACUCCAAUCCUGUGACUAGCUUAAAGCUCCGCCCCUAGGCCUACUCCUAUCCUGUGACUAGCUUGAAGCUCCGCCCCUAGAACUACUCCAAUCCUGUGACUAGCCUGAAGCUCCGCCCCAGAACUACUCCAAUCCUGUGACUAACCUGAAGCUCCGCCCCUAGAACUACUCCAAUCCUGUGACUAGCUUGAAGCUCCGCCCCUAGAACUACUCCAAUCCUGUGACUAGCCUGAAGCUCCGCCCCUAGAACUACUCCAAUCCUGUGACUAGCUUGAAGCUCCGCCCCUAGAACUACUCCAAUCCUGUGACUAGCUUGAAGCUCCGCCCCUAGAACUACUCCAAUCCUGACUAGCUUGAAUCUCCGCCCUCACAACCUCUUUUGCUUUUCCCCAAUCAAAUCCAUCUUGUGUCAAGAAAGAAAGAGUUUAUUUCUUGUUGGUCAACAAAUAAAAUAAAUACAUCCAUAAAUAAAUCCAUAAAUAAAUAAGCAGUAAAAACUAGUGGCGCCCCCUGCUGGGGGUGGAGGACGUCACAUGGCGGCCACCAGCAAGUGGAGCUGUUGCAGAUGAAGUUUACUUUCACCACGGACCAACUCCCAUGAUGCAUUGCUGCCUGCCUGUAAACACACACACGCAGUACUUCAGUAUCACAGUACAUGUUGCAGUGUGGCUGAGAACACUUGAAGAGUAUUUACAGUGAGUAUUUAGACUGGAAGUACUUCUAAGACUAGAAGUGGCUGUGCAUGCUUGUGAUCAGAGUACUUGGAUUACUUGGACGAGAAUAUUUAGAGCGGGGUUGGGAAUACUUUUUAUUUGUGUAUUUGUAACAGUACUUCAUAUUUGGCUUUAUUCUUGUAAAGGACUGCUGAUUUUUAUUGGUAUUUUUACACUGUACUACUGGCACCUGUACUGCUGGCACCUGUACUACUGGCACCUGUACUACUGGCACCUGUACUACUGGCACCUGUACUACUGGCACCUGUACUACUGGCACCUGUACUGCUGGCCAAUCAAACAGCAGCAGCCUGGGAGUCAUGAGUACUUAGUGUAGGACUCAUGUACUUGGUGUGGAAGUCAUGAGUACUUAGUGUGGGAGUCAUGUACUUGGUGUAGUAGUCAUGAGUACUUAGUGUGGGAGUCAUGAGUACUUGGUGUGACAGUGGUGAGUACACUUAUGGUGUGGUAGUGGUGAGUACUUGUUGUGGUAGUGGUCAGUACUUGGUGUGGUAGUCGUGAGUACUUGUUGUGGUAGCGGUGAGUACUUGGUGUGGUAGCGGUGAGUACUUGUUGUGGUAGCAGUGAGUACACUUAAGGUGUGGUAGUGGUGAGUACUUGGUGUGGUAGUUGUGAGUACUUGUUGUGGUAGCGGUGAGUACACUUAUGGUGUGGUAGCGAUGAGUACUUGUUGUGGUAGCGGUGAGUACACUUAUGGUGUGGUAGUGGUGAGUACUUGGUGUGGUAGUGGUGAGUAGUUGGUGGUAGUGGUGAGUACUUGUGGUAGUGGUGAGUACUUGUUGUGGUAGCGGUGAGUACACUUAUGGUGUGGUAGUGGUGAGUACUUGGUGUGGUAGUGGUGAGUACUUGUUGUGGUAGCGGUGAGUACACUUAAGGUGUGGUAGUGGUGAGUAGUUGUUGUGGUAGUCGUGAGUACUUGUUGUGGUAGUGGUGAGUACACUUGAGGUGUGGUAGUGGUGAGUACUUGUUGUGGUAGUUGUGAGUAGUUGUAGUGGUAGUGGUGAGUACUUGGUGUGGUAGUGGUGAGUACUUGUUGUGGUAGUGGUGAGUACACUUAUGGUGUGGUAGUGGUGAGUACUUGUUGUGGUAGUGGUGAGUACUUGGUGUGGUAGUGGUGAGUACUUGUUGUGGUAGCGGUGAGUACUUGUUGUGGUAGUGGUGAGUACUUGGUGUGGUAGUGGUGAGUAGUUGUUGUGGUAGCGGUGAGUACACUUAAGGUGUGGUAGUGGUGAGUAGUUGUUGUGGUAGCGGUGAGUACACUUAAGGUGUGGUAGUGGUGAGUACUUGUUGUGGUAGCGGUGAGUACACUUAAGGUGUGGUAGUGGUGAGUACUUGGUGUGGUAGCGGUGAGUAGUUGUUGUGGUAGCGGUGAGUACUUGGUGUGGUAGCGGUGAGUACUUGGUGUGGUAGCGGUGAGUACUUGUUGUGGUAGUGGUGAGUACUUGGUGUGGUAGUGGUGAGUACUUGUUGUGGUAGCGGUGAGUACACUUAAGGUGUGGUAGUGGUGAGUAGUUGUUGUGGUAGUCGUGAGUACUUGUUGUGGUAGUGGUGAGUACACUUGAGGUGUGGUAGUGGUGAGUACUUGUUGUGGUAGUUGUGAGUAGUUGUAGUGGUAGUGGUGAGUACUUGGUGUGGUAGUGGUGAGUACUUGUUGUGGUAGUGGUGAGUACACUUAUGGUGUGGUAGUGGUGAGUACUUGUUGUGGUAGUGGUGAGUACUUGGUGUGGUAGUGGUGAGUACUUGUUGUGGUAGCGGUGAGUACUUGUUGUGGUAGUGGUGAGUACUUGGUGUGGUAGUGGUGAGUAGUUGUUGUGGUAGCGGUGAGUACACUUAAGGUGUGGUAGUGGUGAGUAGUUGUUGUGGUAGCGGUGAGUACACUUAAGGUGUGGUAGUGGUGAGUACUUGUUGUGGUAGCGGUGAGUACACUUAAGGUGUGGUAGUGGUGAGUACUUGGUGUGGUAGCGGUGAGUAGUUGUUGUGGUAGCGGUGAGUACUUGGUGUGGUAGCGGUGAGUACUUGGUGUGGUAGCGGUGAGUACUUGUUGUGGUAGUGGUGAGUACUUGGUGUGGUAGUGGUCAGUACUUGGUGUGGUAGUGGUGAGUACUUGGUGUGGUAGUCGUGAGUACUUGUUGUGGUAGUGGUGAGUAGUUGUUGUGGUAGUGGUGAGUACUUGGUGUGGUAGUGGUGAGUACUUGUUGUGGUAGUGGUGAGUACUUGUUGUGGUAGCGGUGAGUCCACUUACGGUGCGGUUGAGCGCAGCAGCGGCGAGGGUCCGGUAGUAUCGCUGGAGCGGUUCGGCGAAGGAGCAGGUGGAGUUCCCGGGCGAAACCUUUGAGAGUGGAGGGAAGGAGGAGGAGUCAAGUUUCUGACUUCCUGCGUAGAAGGUAAGAGGUCAGAGGUGACUUACGCAGCCGGCGACCUCGUCCUUCUGCCUGUGCAGGACCACCAGGAGCUCCUCGGUCCGGUCGGCGUCCCAGCCGGCGGCGGUGUCGUCCACUUCCUGGUAGAGGUCCAGAAUAUGUCCCAGACUGUCCCGCACAAACGCCAUCUUGCAGGCCACCUGCACGGGGAGACCGUUAACAUCUGCUCCGAUUGGCCGAGGACAAGGGAAGCUCUCGGAGCGCCAAACUUACCUCGGACUUCCUCGCCAGUUUGUAAAGUCCUCUCGGGAAAGGAAGCGGACUGUCCCGGUCCUCCACGGGAUGGCCCUGGAAGAAGAAGAGCAGCUUUGUUCAGGUGCUGGUGGAUGGAGGCAGUGAGACCUGAACGCAUGGAGGCUGAGAGACCUGGACGCCAACCUACCAGGACCUGCACCAGAGACAGACACCUGUCACUCAAGGCCCCGUAACGUCGCAGCCAAUCACAGCACAGCGCGCGGAGGAGCACGCAGGAGAGGAGGACGAGCACGUGUGUCAGUCUGGCCAUGAUGAGGAUGAGGAUGAGGAUCCUGCAGUGUCCAUCAUGCUGCCGGGCGAGGACUUAUAUUCACGGAGGAAAAAGAAAAUGGCCCAAAUUCUGUUUCUACUCUCACUUUCCAUCUACACGCGCGCGCGCGCACGCUCACACACGCGCACGCACACGCACAGCCAGACAGGUGUGGGUCAUGACU